CACCGUGGGCCGCUCCGAUCCGUUACCGGGGCAACGGCGGCGCUCCCUCCCCGUGGGCCGCGACCGUCUCUCUCCGCGCCAUUUUCAAACCGCGCUCGUGCCGGAGCCAUCGGCCGCAGCGGGACGAACCAGCGGGGACGGCGGGUCCCGAGGGCGAUGUGCCUCGCGACGGAGCGGCGGGCUUUAAGUUUGGAGUGUGACUAAGACUGGUUUUAGAAGCAAGAUGACUACAGCUGCAGAGAGAAAGUAUAUUAACAUUCGGAAGAGGUUAGACCAGCUGGGCUACCGCCAGACCCUGUCAGUGGACAGUCUGCCUUUGGUGGAAAAACUUUUCAGUGACCUUGUUCAUACGACAGAAAGCCUGCGGCAGUGCAGAUUGUCGUCGGGAAAGGCAGAAAAGGAAAGUGCCAAUCUCGAUUUUGUUUUGGAACCUUAUAAACUUGAAAAUACAAGACUGAAUAAGGAGAAUAAUGAAUUGUAUCUGGAGUUAAUGAAGCUCAGAGAACACUCAGACAAGCACGUUAAAGACUUGAAAACUACAUUGAAGAAAUGUUCACGCGAGACAGCUGAUCUGAAGUUUCUGAAUAACCAGUAUGUUCACAAGGUCAGACUCCUGGAGAAAGAAAGCAAAGCUAAGGAUGAAAAAAUCCAGCAGCUUCAAGAAAAGAAUCUGCGUGCUGUAGUGCAGACUCCUGGUGGCAGGAAGAGAAACAUUGCAUUUAGGCGCCAACGGAUGCAAAUCGAUGAACCAGCCCCACCCUCAGAAGUCAGCUCAUACCCAGUUCCUCAACCAGAAGACCCGUACAUUGCGGACCUCCUGCAAGUGGCUGACAACAGGAUUCAGGAGCUGCAGGAGGAAGUCCAGCAGCUUCAAGAGAAGCUAGCGCAGAUGGAGAAAGGAGUGCAGGACUACAGCAAGCAGAUUGAACUAAGAGAACGAGAAAUACAGCGACUGUCACUUGCAUUGGAUGGUGGUUGUUCCCCUGAUGUCCUGUCUCUGGAGACCAGAAAUAAAACCAAUGAAAAGCUCAUUGCUCACUUAAAUGUUCAGGUUGACUUCCUCCAGCAAGCUAAUAAAGAACUGGAGAAGCAUAUUCAAGAGCUCAUGGCAACCAAGGAAACAGUGACAACUGAAGUUGUGCACCUAAGCAACCGAAAUGAGCAGCUCUGCCAGGAGCUAACGGAGGUCGACCAGUUAGCUCAGCGGCUGGAAAGGCACAAGGAGCAAGUGCUGGAGACAGCUGACAAGGAGCUCGGGGAGGCAAAGAAAGAGAUUAAACGAAACCUCUGUGAAAUGCGGAACCUUGAGGAAAAAAUGUCAAAACUGCAGUGGGAAUUGGAGGUAAGCCAUAAGGAGAAGGAGAGACUGAACAGUGAACUGCUUUUAAAGUCAGACCUGGAGACUGUUGUUCAGCAGCUAGAACAAGAAAAGCAAAGACUUAACAAAAAGCUGCAGAGUUUUGCAGUCACAGAAAGAGAACUGACUUUGGAGGUUGAGAGGAUGAGGCUAGAACAUGGGAUAAAACGUCGAGACAAGUCACCCUCUCGUCUUGAUACGUUUCUGAAAGGCAUAGAGGAAGAGCGUGAUUAUUACAAGAAAGAGCUGGAGAAGCUGCAGCAUCUCAUCCAGAGGAGAUCUUAUUCUACUAAUUACUCCGCUCGGGAAAAAGCUCCUAUAGUCAAGUGCUCAGAAAAGGGUGACUACAAUGCGGACGUUCACCUGAUCACAAGAGAAAGAGAUGAGCUUCAGCGCAUGCUGGAGAGAUUCGAGAAAUACAUGGAGGAUAUACAGUCCAACGUGAAGCUGCUGACAGCAGAAAGGGACAAGCUAAACGUCUUGUAUAAGGAAGCAAAGGAAGAGUUGUCUGCACUAAGGAAGGAGUCCACUAAUCCGACAUCCCCCAACCAUCUUGUUAGUUGUGUAGAAAAGGAGAAAGAACGAGUGUUAUCUGAGUUGAGAAGAAUUACAGCCGAAAAGGAAACUCUGAGAGAAAAGUUGAAAAAUAUCCACGAAAGGAAUGCUGUUGAAAAAUCAGACUUAGAGAAAACUAUUGAACAUUUGACAUAUAUUAAUCACCAGCUUGAAAAUGAAAAAUAUGAAUUGCAAUCUAAAAUGUUAAUAAUGAAAGAAACAAUAGAGUCAUUAGAGAACAAAUCAAAACUCCAAGCUCAAAAACUUAGCCAUGUGACUGGUGACUCAUCUCAUCAGAAAACAGAGAUGAACUCCCUUAGGAUCAUCAGUGAGCAGCUACAGUGCUCACUUGAUGACUGUCAGCACCGACUUUCCAUAAAAAGAGGUGAACUUGAAUCGGCCCAAGAGCAAAUUAAAAUGCUGGAGCAAAAACUAGAGAAUCUCAGCCACAGGAUGACGGCGCAGAGCGAAGAGACUCACGCAAUGAAGAAGACCAUUGGAGUGAUGGACAAAGAAAAGGACUUUCUCCAGGAGACUGUGGACCAGAAGACGGAAAAGAUCGCCAGCCUACAGGAGAGCCUCCUUAGUAAAGAAAAAGUUAUUGCCCAGUUGAAGGUCACAGUCUCAGAGUAUGAAACGUCACUUAACCAGCUACAAGAAACUUUGACUACUCGAGACCGAGAGAUAAACAGCCUCCGGCGCCAGCUUGAUGCGUCUCACAAGGAGCUUGAUGAUGUUGGGAAAUCUAGAGAGAUCUCUUUUAAGGAAAAUAGAAGGUUACAAGAUGACCUGGCCACAAUGGCGAGGGAAAACCAGGAGAUCUCACUGGAGCUGGAAACAGCAGUGCAAGAGAAAGAAGAGAUGAAGAGCAGAGUCCACAAGUACAUCACUGAGGUGUCGCGGUGGGAGAGCCUGAUGGCCGCCAAGGAAAAAGAAAACAAAGACUUACUGGAUAGAUUCCAGUUGCUUCACAACCGUGCUGAGGACUGGGAGGUCAAGGCUCAGCAAGCGGAAGGGGAGAAUAGCUCAGUCCGCCUGGAGCUGCUGUCUAUCGACACAGAGAGAAGGCACCUGCGGGAGCGAGUGGACCUCCUAGAGAAGGAGAUCCAGGAGCACAUCAAUGCACAUCACGCGUACGAGUCUCAGAUCUCGUCGAUGGCUAAGGCCAUGUCUCAGUUAGAAGAGGAGCUGCGACGUCACGAGAGCGAGAAAGCCACUGUGUUAGGUGACGUAUCGUCUCUCCGAGAACUGUGCAUCAAGCUCGACUCAGGCAAAGAUGUCAUGACCCAACAGCUGAGUUCCAAAAGCCUGGAGCUGGAGCGGGCAGUAGCAGAAUUAGAGAAUGUAAAAUCAGAAUCAGAACUGUUAAAAAAACAGCUGAUGAAUGAGAGACAGACAAUUAAAAACCUCGAGUCGUUGUUAGCUACAAACAGAGAUAAAGAAUUCCAGUCCCAUUUAACCUCCCAUGAGAAGGACACGGAAAUCCAGCUACUGAAGGAGAAGUUAAACCUUUCAGAAAGCAAACUAUCUAUACAUUUGUUUUUAAGAACUACCCAAAGCCGAGAAACCUCCAUGCUUCGAACUAAAGUGACACAGUUACAGACAGAUUAUGAUAAUCUGAAAAGGCAGAUGUCGAAUGAGAAGUACGAACGAGAGCGAGCAAUCCAAGAGAUGCGCCGACUUGGUCUUCCUACAUCACCUCUGAGCUCUACUCUGAAAUCUCCUGUACAGACUCCUGAUCACAUAAAUGCAUAGUUACCAGGAACGUAUGUAUCGGGUCCCAAGGACAGAUUAUGGUUUUCAGUGAGUUUCUACAUGGAUUUUUUUUUUAAGAACACAGAGUAAUGAGAUAUUUGAAGUCCUUGUUCCUGCGAAUCAUGAACACCGACACAAAUUCUACCUCUGUCAACCUUUAUUUAAAUCAGUGGAUAUUUAUGUAAAAAUGUUUAGUUUUAAAAGAGCCUUAUAUGUAUAUUUUCAUAUGUGAAAAACAAAAUAUGUAUUAAUAGCUUAACUGAUGUGUUAUGUGAAUUUUUAUUAUUCCCAACUAAAAUUACUCCUUAAAAUGUGUUUAUACUGUGAAUUACAUUAACAUGCUCACAUUAUGUUUUAAUAAUCUGUGCCUAAGUGAACUAUAAUAUAUGCAUGUAAAUAUUCUUGCACUAUUUAGGUGUGUUCGGUUUUCAUGCCUGUGUUUAUAGCCCAUAGCAUGAUGAAUUCAGAGAAUGAUCCAUUUGAUGCUGUUCACGUAAGUGUGACAUCAGUCCACGUGUGCUGUCCACGUGUGCUGUCUAUCACACGGGGGAGUCUAUUUAAAUCUAGUCUAAUAGAACUCUUCUUCUUCUUCUUCUUUUAAAGUAAAGAAAGGGUUUAUGUGAGUUUCUGGUUCCAGAGAGCUAGGACUCCCUCGGGGAAGCAGAGCGGCUGACAGCAAGCAUACCACACAGAGCCUAGAGUGACCAGGACGUAAGGGGGGGGUGCUGUGCACUCUGCUUCCCCCAGGGACGUACUUGCUCCAGUAAAUCUGCACCUCUUAGACCUCCCAAACAGCACCCCUCACACCUGGGGCCAAGUGUUCAAGUCUCCGAGUCUGUCUGUGGGAUACAUUUCUCAUUCAGACAACAAUUCCUAAAAUGAAAAAUUCAAUUGAUACCAUUUUUUUCCCCUGAGGUGUUUUUGCUAUUUCUGAAAGUUCAGACCUACUGGAGAUCAAUAAACUAAGCUACCUGUUUGGAAAUUACUUACAUUUUCAUCAACUUUGAAAAACGUUUUCCUGGCUAUAGAGGAAAUGUGCCUAGUGACCUCAUCACAGAACUCUGGAUGAAGUAGUUAUCACCAUGUGUGAUUAGUGCAAGCAGGAAGGGCAGCAGUGGGAGACAUGUUUAUCUAUGUGGGCCUUAUUUGGGCUGUCCUAUGUGCUCUCCACAUGACACACUUUUUUUUUUUUUUAAAGAAUUAAGUUAAAAUAUAUUCAGUGUUUGUAAAAUAAUCAAAUGAAAAAUUGGGGCAUAUUUUUUUACUAAUUAAAUUCUUCAGUGUAUUAGUCUAAAAUUUCAGAAUAGGAAAGUAUAUAAGGUAAAUAUAGAAAAGUGUUUUUGUUAAAAGUCCAGUAUGCAUCUGACGAUACCUAUUUGUGGCCUUGAAUCCUGUCUAAUAUUCCCAGUCUUUCAGAAUAGUGUGUCACCAUCCCUGUGGCGUAUAAAUUGAGAACAGCUUUUUACAAUUCCCUUUCAAGGUUGUGUAACUCUAAAGAAUUGAGGUGUGUGCCAACCCUUAGAAAAGAGUAGACAUGCAAAAUAAAAUGUCAGAUACCAAUACUAAUCACGUACCAACUGUUCACGUUUGAAGAAACCCCUCUUUUAAAACUAGAUUUCAUUAUGAUUGAGAAAGAACUUAAAAGUCAGCACAGGCCAGCGAGUCAGCUGCGCAUAACCCGCUUUGUUUCCUCUUGGCUUAUUUUAAAACGAUGCUCUCUGUGAACAUCCCUGAGGGUGGGUAGACAUCCAGGUAACUAGUGUGCCUUGUGUGGUCAGGGUGUUCCCUUUGCAGUUAUUUGCUGCAUAUUUGAAUAUAGGAUGACUUACCCUACCACUAUGUUUAUAAUUUAUUCAUUCUAUCUCCUUUGAGUAAAUUCAUAUUUUAUAGCAAAAUAUGAAAAAAGGACCAUUUACAAUGUCAUUUGGAAAGUCUUGUAAUAAAUACAUGUGAUAAAAUAUUUGUCUCCACCUUUUCUCCCAAAGCAACAGCAAGACACACUUUCUUAAGUGUUCAUUUUUAAUGUUUUCUGUAAUUAUAAAUGUGUUGCUUUCAAACUUGUUAUUUUAUAACCAUCAU